UUUUGACAGUGGUAAUGGUUUCUAAGAAAAAAAAAGACCUUUAAAAUAACACAGAUAAAUCUUAUUAAUGAUUUAUGGUAAAGUAUUUGCUAUCAAAUAUAAGGUUUUAGUUUUGUAAUUAAAGAUAAUUGCUUUAAUGAGAAUUUCUGUAAUUGUAAGAUUAUAUCUAACACCAAUUAUUAUAAGACCUAAAAGCCCUCAGGAGAAGGUCCUGGAAGUGUAGGUGCUGCCCGUCUCAUUUUCCGUGCAUCGGGCUUACCGCCUGUACCCUCUGUGCCUAAUUUGUUCAUUUCUUUAAUUGAUGUUGUGGCACCAAGUUUUUCCUUUCUGGUCAUUUGAUACUUGGAUGGAGAUUGGUUGCCUCAUUAUCACCUCUCCGUAGGAUGUUAGUUUAAAAGAUCUGUGUGUUGUCAGUUUAAAGGGGUGAUAAAUACACUCUAGACCAGUGCAGACUGAUUUGCAUCUUCAUAGCUUUGAGGUAUGUAAUUGUCGGGUUGGGUGCUAGGAAGUUGAUUUGACCACCUAUGUAACAGCGUGCGUUGCCACUUCUUUCUGGUUUGUUUUUAAUAUUCUGCUGUUAUAAUUACAGAAAUGGUGAUUUUUAAAAGUUCCUUUGCAGGUGGAAUGCUUCCUGUUCCUCACAUGGCUCAACAGAUCAGCCAGGAGCAAAAUAGACAGCAAAACAAACCAAAUUCACCAAGCCUGCAUAGCUCCUCAACUGCUUCACACAGCAAGAACCUGGCUUUUCUUUGGCAGGAAAAUGAAAUUCUGCAGCGAAUAACAACACUCAGGAAAGCAGGUUUAUGGUCUCUGAAACGUCUGCCCAAACUCCAAGAGGCCCCACGACACAAAUCACACCAUGAUUAUCUUUUGGAAGAAAUGCAGUGGAUGGCAGCAGAUUUUCUUCAAGAAAGAAGAUGGAAGAUGAUAAGUGCCAAGAGGCUAAUUAUAAGUGUGCAUCAUUACCAUGAGGAUCUGAUGCUUCAUAAGGAAACAUGCAAAAAGAGAGAAGAGAAGCGACUGAAGGCUAUUGCUGCUUUUACUGCUAGAGAAAUUGAAUGUUUCUGGUCCACCAUUAAGCAGGUGAUAGAUUUAAAAUUACAAGUAGAGCUAGAAGAGAGGAAAAGGAAAGUAUUCAACUCCCAGAACACCUCAAAAAAAGAAAUAAGAGACUCUAUGAUUGAGAAAGAGAGCCUUCAGGAAGAUGUGGUGCUUACAGACCUACUCAUGCCCACUGCAAAGAAAUAUAUGGGAGAUUUAGCAGACAUGGCUGCUGUUGCAGAAGCGUUGUUACCCAAAGGCAGUGCUCAAAUCACAACAGCAGUAAAAAGCAACACUCUGUCUUUAUUACAUGGGACUCUUAGAGAGUACCAGAAGACUGGACUAGAGUGGUUGGCAAAGCUCCGUAAGAUGAAUCUCAACGGCAUUCUGGCUGAUGAAGCUGGACUUGGUAAAAGAGUGCAAGUUGUAGCUUUUUUUGCCCACCUGGCAUGUAAUGAAGGUAACUGGGGUCCUAUUCUUGUUAUUUCACAAAACUUUAAUGUACCAAAGUGGGAGACUGGACUGAAAUGCUGGUGUCCUGAUUUGAGAAUUCUUCUGUACCUUGGGAAUCCAGGAGAACUUCUAAAAACUAGACAGGAAUGGAUUGACCCCAACAAUUUUUACAUAUGUGUUGCCUCCUGCAAGCAAUUCUUCGAAGACUAUGAGGCAUUCAUGAAAGUGCAAUGGAGGUACCUAGUUUUAGAUGAGAGGCAAAAUAAUCUGAAAGAAAAGCACUGGGAUGCAGUUUUCAGUCUCCACAGUAAUCACUGUUUACUCUUGAUGGAUACACUUCUGCCUACUGCCCUAAAAGAUCUGUGGACCAUUGCCUGUUUCCUGAUCCCAGAGAUUUCCAAAUUCUAUUUGGAUUUUACAAAGGUAGCAUCUGCAGAAAGGAAUGAGGAUCAUUACCAGACAGUGGCAAUAAGACUGCACAGAGUAGUUCAGUCAUUUAUUCUGCAGAGGUCCAAAAUUCAUGUUGAGAAGCAGUUAGCGAGGAAAUACGAGCAUGUGCUGAUGUGUACUCUUUCUAAUCGACAGAAGUCAAUGUAUAAAGACAUCCUGUCUCAACCCAGCUCCUAAGGGUGUGUAAUCAUCCUGAUCUAAUAAAUCCCUGGCUUCCCAGCUCUUCCUUUGUGCUAGAGAC